AUGUCUGAGGGAACUUAUGUGGAGGGAAGCUGGUACUUCUACGCCCCAAAUAAGGGGGCGGCCAUCUUCUUCACCGUUGCUUUCUGUGCAACCGGGGUCGUCCACGCCUGGCAGUCCACGCAUUACAAGUGCUGGAUCCUGACGCCACUCUUCCCGUUCUGCGCCCUUUUGUUCACUGUGGGUUUCGUCCUCCGCUCCAUUGGCGGCUGGCACUAUGACAUUCUGAAUGUGUAUAUUGCGAGCCUUUGCAUCACAUAUGCUGCACCUCCCCUCCUCGAGCUCCAAAACUACCAUGUCCUCGGCCGCAUCCUAUAUUAUGUCCCAUACCACUCACCGUUGCACCCGGGUCGAGUGCUGACGACCUUUGGUUUCAUCUCGGCCAUCAUUGAGGCGCUUAACGGGUGGGGGGCAUCGUACUCUGUCAACCAGAGCCUGCCUGACAGCCAGCGGGCCAUUGGCCACGGCCUCAUCAAGACCGCGCUGCUCCUGCAGCUGGUGGUGGCAGCGUGCUUCCUGCUCCUCGCGGGGACGUUCCACCACCGCUGCAGGAGGCAUGGGUCCAUCAACGGCCGCCUGUCGAGCACGCUGUUGACGCUGUACGUUAGCGUGGUGCUCAUCGUCGUGCGCACCAUCUUCCGCACGGUCGAGUACUUUGGUGUGGCCGCCGUCAACCUCAGCAAGAUCGAGGACCCCAUGACCCUGUCGCCCUUGCUCCGCUACGAGGCCUACUUUUAUGUCUUUGAGGGGGCCACCAUGAUCAUCAACAGCGCUCUCUUCAACGUUCGCCACCCCCGCCGGUAUCUUCCCGAGAGCAACAAGAUCUAUCUCGCCGAGGACGGGGUCACGGAGGUCGAGGGGCCCGGCUUUCAGGAUGGGCGGCCCUUCUGGCAGACUCUCCUGGAUCCCUUUGGCCUGUGGACGAAGGACAAGGCGUCCCAGGCGAAAUUCUGGGAGAAGCAGCCGACCCAGGUCGAGGUGAAUGCAGCCGAUCAAGGAAAGGAAAAGCCCCAACUAUCAUAA